CGUCUGGAAUCCGAGAUACAAAAGUCGUUUUGUCACAAUUGCCAGAAAAAAAGAAACAACACUCGAUUUACUCGUUGCUUUUUUAUUUCGAUCGUAAUCCAUUAUUAUUUUGACGUUCGUUUUCUAGUAUCGACCUUUUUACUACAAUAAAUAACGUACUAUACAGCGAAUACGGUGUUCAAAAAUUUCUCGCGAUUUCCUCGUACCGAGUCAUUGAUUGAACGAAAUACGAUAACCUAGAAUCGCGUAUCGUAACCGAAGUAUACAUAUAUUGCACAUUUGCACGAUCGAUCCACCGAGUAGCUCCUACUCUGCAAACACUAGUUUCAAAUAAUUUAUAAACAUAAUUUGCGAUACGCAUGUAACGAAACGAAAAAACGGUCUAAUUUCGUUGUAAAAUAAAAAACUCGUAUCCAGGUUCCGGUGUCACAAACGCACGAAGUGCAGCAAACUGCAAUGAGACACUUCUGCGCUAUGCGGCGGUAGAGAAAAAGUAAUAGCACUGUUUUAAUAAGGCUGUUUGCGAUUUAAAAUUAAAACUAUGGUAAGCAGCAAAAAAUCGGAUGUAUCCGCGUUUUCCGAAGAUACUUUCGAUGUCAAAGAUUGGAUUAACAAAACGUUUAAAUCUGCCGAGGCACAAGAAAAUAAAGAUGCAUUUGUUUCAUCUCUAGUAAUGAAAUUACAAUUAUACGUGCAACAAGUCAAUGGUGCUUUAGAAGAAACCAGUCAGUCCGUUCUUUCGAGUUUACCAAGAGUCUUAAGGGAUACUCAACUUUUACAGCAGGAAGCUAUAGCUCUAAGUGAAAAAAUGGUUGCCGUAAAACAAGAAAUAGAAAAGGUUGAGAAAGACACUGCAUCAUCAAUGGCAACGUUAGAAAGGAUAGAUAAAAUAAAAACAGAUUUGCAAGCUGCCAAACAAGGCUUACAUGAGGCUGAUAAUUGGAGUGUAUUGGCCAAUGAUGUCGAAGAGGUAUUUGAAUCGGGUGAUAUAGAAGCCAUUGCAAAUAAAUUGUUUAGUAUGCAAAAAUCAUUGGCAAUGCUUGUAAAUGUUGUUGAUUAUGAAGAUAAAAAAUUUCAAUUAGAAGGACUAAAAAAUCGUUUAGAAGCAAUGGCUAGUCCAAAGUUAGUUCAAGCAUUUACUGCUGCAAAUUUAGAACAGUCCAAAGUUUAUGUGGAUAUUUUCGAUAAAAUGGACCGUUUACCGCAACUUCUUAAAUAUUACCAUAAUUGUUUGAAAGUCUCAUUAGGGCAAGAGUGGCGUAGAACUAUUGAACUAGCACAAGAUGAAAAUGUUUCCUAUUGGUUACACACUUAUUAUGAUAAACUAUUAUCUACUUGGAAUGAUCAGGUGAAAUGGUGUCAUCAAGUGUUUCCAAACGUUUCGAUCGAGAUUAUAGUCGAAGUAUAUGCCGAUCUUUUAAGAAGUUUAGAUCCAGGCAUUCCAGAAUGCAUAGAAGCAGUAUUAAAGCAACAUUCCAAUGCCAUGCAGUUAUCGCUGUUGUUGGAACUUAAACAAAUUACAAGACAUUUUGUAGUGAACUUACAAGGUAUUAUCGAAUCGUCUUCACAUGGAAAAUUACAGAAUUCAAAAUUGUUAUCGUUAGCACAAGCAAUAUAUUCGCCUUAUGUUCCAUACAUUGUUAAGUAUCAUAUUUACGAAACUGCGCAACUUGAACAUCAGCUACAGUCUAUAGAGUGUACGCGAGAUGAUUUAAGCGAUACGAUUAGUGCUCUUUCUCUUAGUAUUUCGAGAGUAAUGGAAUACGCAAAUGAAGCAAAUAAAAGAUGCAAACUAUUUACGGAUGGCUGUGGAUAUCCGGGUUUACUAAAAUCUUUAAAUAGCUAUUUUAAUAAAUACCUUGAAAAAUAUCAAACAACCAUACGUCAGUUGGAACGCAAAAAAGUGAAACACGAGGAUUGGAAUUUAUUUCAAAUGUGUCUCACUUUAAUGCAAACUAUAGGUGAUCUUUUGGGACAAGUUCAACAGUUCGAAAAGUGUUUGGUAAUCGAUGUAACCGAGGCUAAUAAUAAAUUACAAAGUACAGCCGAUAGUGUUUUUAAUCAAUAUAAAAAGCUACUUUUAAAUACAUCGAGCCAAACAGAACUAGAAAAUUUGGUUUCAUCCUUUCAGAAAGAGGAAGAAACCAUUCUUGAUGCCAUAAUAAAGUCUAUUCACAAAUUGUGUUCAGAUUUACAUCGUGCAACAUACGAAGUGAUUUUUGCCCCUAUUUUUACUCAACUAUUAUUAGUACAAAAGGCACCUGCAUGGUCGACAGAAACGAAUAAAAUGACUCAUCUAAGCGCAGAUUUACCUGAUUACAGUUUCGCACCUCAAGAAUAUAUAACACAAGUUGGGCAAUAUUUAAUGACAUUACCUCAGCACUUGGAACCAUUUUUGCUUAGAGAAAAUCCAAGUCUUAAUCAAGCGCUGAAAGCAGCAGAUCCGCAAUAUGCACAAGGUACAACUGAAUCCGGAUUUACAGGUAUCCUGUUGGAUAUCAUUGCCAAAGGAACCUGUCAAAUGUUUUUAGAUCAAACCUUAGGAAUUUGUCAAUUCUUAAGUUCUGCUGCAUGCAAACAACUUGCUACUGAUAUAGAUUAUCUAGGUAAUGUGUUGGAAGAACUUGGUCUAUCUUUGUCAGAAAAUUUACAACACAUGUCUCUUUUAUUGAGAUUGUCACCAGAAGAGUAUCAAAGUGGUAGUUCUGGAUGUAAUGCCAGAGUUGUGGCUGCAGUAAGACAAAUGCGAAAUAUUACGUAUUCCAGUUAAUUAAUACGCGAAAGAUAAGUAUCUUAAAAAUUAUACGAAAUGUUGUUAUUUAUUUAAAUAUUUUUGGGAAAAGAAAUUAACGUGUAUAUAUUUAUA